AUGUCAAGUCGUUCCACUUCUCAACAGAAGGUGAGGGAGAAAGACGUCAGUGACCUGGCCGAGCCGAUCCAGGAUGGCACUCACCCGGACGACUCCGACGAGGAUGACACUCACCCAGACGACUCCGACGAGGAUGAAGCUGGCUCGGAGGACCAGGUUGAGCCCGACAACAUCGCGGGGUCGUCCAACCUCCAAGCACCAUCUCUGUCUACUGCGGAGAAGAAGUUGAAGGAGCUGCUGCAAGGCAAGUCAGACAUUGGAGGGAAGAACAAGAAGGAGACUGGGGGGCACAAGUUCUGGGAUACGCAGCCGGUGCCACACCCAGGCGAGCAGCCCCCGGAAGUAGAUGGGUACAUUGAACCUUCCAAGCCUCGGCAAGAGGUUCGGCAAGACCCAUCUCCUCUACCCGAGGAAUUCAUGUGGUCCAACAUUGACAUCACAGACCCUGCACAGCUGAGAGAGUUGCACGAGUUUCUCUCCGCAAAUUAUGUAGAGGAUGAUAGUGGGUUGUUCCGCUUCCAAUAUUCUGUAGAAUUUCUCUCUUGGGCUCUCAUGCCGCCGGGCUUCCACAAAGACUGGCAUGUGAGUGUCCGUGCAAACUGGAGCAAGAAGCUAGUCGCAUUCAUUUCUGCGGUGCCCAUUAGGAUGCGUGUGCGUGAAAACCAAUUCGAUGCAUGUGAAGUCAACUUUUUGUGUGUUCACAAGUCGCAGCGAUCUAAGCGGUUGGCACCCGUGCUCAUCAAGGAGGUUACUCGGCAAUGCCAGCUUCAAGGAGUGUCCCAGGCGCUGUACACCGCGGCUGUCCUCCUGCCGACGCCAGUAUCCAGCUGUCGGUACUUCCACCGCUGCCUGAACAUCCCCAAGCUCGUCGACGUCGACUUCACCGACGUGCCCUCUGACAUGACCAUGGCGCGCAUGAUCCGCGUACACAAAGUCCCCGACCGCCCGCGCCUGCUCGAUCACGGUCUGCGCGAGAUGGCGGACGACGACGUCCCGCAGGUCGCCGAUCUCUACGCCCGCUACAUGCAGCGCUUCGACAUGGUCCUCGUCAUGUCCCACGACGAGGUCCGCCACCGCUUCCUCGGCGGGCGCGGCGCGGGCCCGCGCGGCCCCGACGCGUGGAAGACCCCGCGCUCGGGCCAGGUCGUGUGGACGUACGUCGUCGAAGACCCGAAGACGAAGCGGAUCACCGACUUCUGGUCCUUCUACUCCCUGCCCUCGACCGUCAUCCGGCACCCCAAUCACAAUGUCCUCAACACCGCGUACCUCUACUACUACGCGACCGCGACCGCAUUCGAGCCCGGCGCGGAGGCGGCCGGCCGGCUGAAGCAGCGCCUGGAGGACCUCAUCGGCGACGCCCUCACCGUCGCGGAGCAGGCCCACUUCGAUGUCUUCAACGGUCUGACGCUCAUGGACAAUGUGUCGUUCUUGAGGGACAUGAAGUUCGGACAAGGUGAUGUUCUCCUUAACUUCUACCUGUACAAUUGGCGCACUGCUCCUUUGGCUGGUGUGACGGGGGUUGGGGACACGGCUGCUGGCAAAGGUGUCGGGGUUGUAUCGUUGUAA